GUUUGGAGUUUGCAGACGCCGGGAGAGGGUUGUUGUUGUCGUUCGGUGUCGGCGGUUACAGGCUGAGGUAGAACGGGUACCGGGGUGUAUUAGCGCACCAUGUUCCUGUCGGAUUUCCGGAAGGAAUUUUACGACGUGAUUGUGAAUCAGAGGGUAUUAUUACUUGUUGCCUCAGAUGUUGAUGCCCUGUGUGCCUGCAAAAUCCUUCAGGCCCUUUUUCAGUGCGACCAUGUACAGUACACAUUGGUUCCAGUAGCUGGAUGGCAGGACUUGGAGACUGCAUUCCUUGAGCACAAAGAACAGUUCAAGUACCUUGUGUUAAUUAAUUGUGGUGCUAAUCUGGAUUUACUGGAGACACUGCAACCUGAUGAGGAUACUAUCUUCUACAUCUGUGACACCCAUAGACCGAUUGACAUUGUUAAUGUCUAUAAUGAUACACAGGUUAAACUGCUGAUUAAGCAGGAUGAUGAUCUUGGUGUUCCUGCCUAUGAUGACCUCUUUAGGGAUGAAGAAGAUGAGAAUUCAGAGGAUUCAGGGAAUGAAAGUGAAGGGUCAGAACCUUCUGAAAAGCGCAGGCGAUUUGCUGAGGCAGCCUUGGAGCGGAGAAUAGAUCGAAGACGUCAGCGGCGGGAAUGGGAGGAGCGCAGGAAGGAAAUUUUGUUUGAAUAUGAACAAUAUGAAUACCACGGAACUUCAUCUGCCAUGGUGAUAUUUGAGCUGGCCUGGAUAAUGUCUAAGGAUUCAAAUGACAUGUUGUGGUGGGCUAUUGUUGGUUUGACGGAUCAGUGGGUUCACGACAAAAUCACACACAUAAAGUAUGUGACUGAUGUUGGCAUUGUGCAGCGACAUGUAUCCCGACACAACCAUCGCAAUGAGGAUGAGGAGAAUACACUUUCUAUUGACUGCAUAAGGAUCUCUUUUGACUAUGACCUGCGCCUGGCUCUGUAUCAGCACUGGUCGCUCUAUGAAAGUAUGUGCAACUCCAGCUAUACCUAUUCCAAUCUCAAGCUGUGGUCCAUUCAGGGCUUGAAGAGGUUGCAGGAAUUUCUUGCAGAUAUGGGGCUCCCUCUGAAAGAAGUCAGGCAGAAGUUUAACUCCAUGGACAUCUCACUGAAGGAGAAUUUACAGGAAAUGAUUGAGGAAUCAGCUAAUAAGUUUGGAAUGAAGGAUAUCCGAAUGCAGACCUUCAGUGUGCAUUUUGGGUUUAAAAACAAGUUCCUUGCCAGUGAUAUUGUUUACUCAGCAGCUUCUCUCCUCGAGAAUUUAGAGAAAGACAAUGGAAAUGAAAACUUCAUUGAAGCCUUAGACAGCCUUUCCAGGAGUAACCCAGAUAAGCUACAACAAGGUUUGGAACUCGCCAAGCAGCAGCUCCGAGCCAUUCACCAAACAGUUGCUAGCUGCAUUUGCACUAAUCUCAUCGUCUCACAAGGACCCUUCCUCUAUUGCUAUUUACAAGAGGGGACCCCGGAUGUAAAGAUCUAUUCAAAGCCCAUUUGUUUGAAACUUCUGUGCAAACACUUGCUGAAGUGCUUUGUCCGUUCGACCAAAAAUAAACGAUGUAAGGUGCUCCCGCUGGUCAUGGCAGCACCAAUGGACCUGGAGAAAGGAACAGUGAUUGUGAUUGGAAUCCCACCAGAAACUGAAAGCUCAGACAAGAAAAACUUCUUUGGUAAAGCAUUUGAGAAAGCAGCAGAAAGUACGAGCUCAAGAACUCUGCAUGAUCACUUUGAUACUUCGAUAAUUGAACUGAAAACUGAGGAUCGUAGUAAAUUUCUGGAUGCACUGAUCUCUCUGCUGUCGUAAAUGUGAGUGCAAUGUGAAGCUGGAGUACCCAAUGUUUCUGGUCUUUCAUGGCAAUGACACUUCAGAAAACAUACUUGGAAAGUCUGACUCCAUUUUAGGAAUUUUAUGACUCAGGUGUUCAUGUAGUGCCCAAAAGUACAAAUACAUUUUUGAAGUGGAACAAUUUUUGAAACUGGGGCAGAUUACUAGUUGUGAACCUGUCAACUAAUCUGUCUCCCUAUGACCGCACCACUUGAAUGGCAGCUGAAAUAAAGUCUAAUUUUAAACAGAUCCAGUAAAUGUACAACAGAAUAAAACAUAUGCACAUGAGUUUUAUUGCUUAGGAAUAAUGCAGAAUUCAGACGGGAGCAGGAAAGCAAAUGGUGAAAAGUUGUGCUGUACCUUUGGUAUGCUGUAGGCAUGAUCAAAUGGAUGUAUAUGGACUAUAAGCAGAUGUUAGUAAUGUAGAUGUUUCCCCAGUAUGAUUGUUAUGGUCAUGUAAUUGUCGGCCAUCUCUUGAUGUGAGAGUAGCAUCUAUGAGUCUUCAUGUGACUGAGCAGGCUGAUUCCCAACCCUCCGAUCUUCAGGUUUGUGGGAUCCUGAGUACAGAAUUUGCUUCCUUUCCUUUCUUUCUCUGUUGCUGCUCUAUCUCAUUGAACAUGAAAUGGACAAAAAUUAGCAUGAUGCAAUUUUGGUCAACACAUUGUCACCAUUUGAAUGAUUGGUAACAAGCUCCUAAUCAUUCAUAGCAAUGUUGCUGCACUUCAGCGAAGAGCUUCAGAAUGUUUUUGCAGCAUUUUUAUCCUCUCCUGACACUGAACAGGCAAGCAAUGUGACACUGAAAUGGCUGUUUGUGUUUUGACAUUUUUAGUGCAGUUUACAAUAGAUCUUUUUACGGUGCUCUUUAUUUCAAACCCCUGCUGGGAGAUUGAGGGAUUUUUUUAGCCUGUUCAUCACUUGCAGCUACCUGAUUAUCCAUGAGCAUUUUUAUGAUUCUAUUUGGGAACUGCUUCCAUUCAGUGGUUUUAUUAGUACCCUGGUGUAGGAAUGAAAGGUCAAACAAUUCCACCUAAAACUGAUUCUCUUGUCCGUUCUUCUGAAGAAGAAGCAUGUUGUUUUGUAAAAGCAGUGAUCUCUAAAACAACAUGUUUGAGAGGCUUGAUAUUUCUUUUAACUAGUGUGUCAUUCUGAAUUCUUGUUGCCUAUACAAGUAUUGUGUAAUUUUUACUGUACAUUAGCUCCCUUAAUCUUACGAUGUUCAACUAAUAUUUUGUUUCUCAUUCUUCGGAAACAUGCCUCGUGAUUUUUCACUUUGUAAGAAGAUGCAGGAUUGUUCUUAUGUAUUUAGUUUUGUAUUGUGUAAAAUGUGUAAAUUAUCUCCAUGUCAUGUUGCCAUGUUGUCAUUUCCUGGCUUUUAUGUUGAGUAUUGUAAAUUAUAUUAUAAUGUAGGCAUGCUAUUUACCCAAAUUUUAC